CGCUAAAUCAUCAUGCUGUCUAUUCUGUAGGGCUAAAGUUCAGCUUUUGGUCCGCGAUUGGACAUCCUCUAGCAUUAGUCGGAAUCUUGAUUCGCUACAAAGACUCUCUCACUUGGCAAGGUCGAUAUUUCAGGACGGAAUGUCAAACAGGGAUCUAGCAACCUCUCGAAGCGACCAGGGCACGGAGAAUACCCCCCUGGUGCUCUUUAUCAGUGCCCUUUACCACCAGUGCCAGAUCACUUUGCAUUCAAUGAUUGUUCCUUUGUUUUCUGGUACACACCGUGGACCAAGAAUAGACCCGAAAGUUGUGAAGCAAAGUGCCGAGACAGUUACACAACAUGCAGAGUUAUUCGAAGCUCUACUAGCUCCUUACAUGUACGGGCAAGGUGAUAUUACGCUUCUACCGCCUUUCGUAGGAUAUGGUGCUUUCAUCACAGGUGUUGUCUUCUUGGCUACUGAGGUCUCUUUUCAAGACAAAACACCACGAAGACUUGUCUCCGGAGCACAUUCCGAGAGUCGUAGAUUGUCGACUGUGAAGGGCACCCUUCACUUACUCAACAAACUUCGAUUUUAUUGGAGGGCUCUACAGGUUUCUUGGGAAAAGCUCGACGCUGCAUUUCAGCUACAUAUAUCUUGCCACAGAGCACAUGAAUCAGCCAGCCCACAUGCUAUCAGAGCUCCCGAACUUCACGCUUCAGAUCCUAAAUCACAACUCUCCAACCAUGUACCAGAAGGCUCUGUGCACAACGAGCAGUCAAGCACUCGCGAAGCAUCAGUACCAUCGAUAGGCCCCGCGGGCGAGCAUCAGCAUCCGUGGGUGAGUGACCAGAGAACUCUGGAAGUCGAUCCAAUGCAGCAAAAUCCACAGGCAACCAUGUCCGAUAAUUGUAUCUUUGAACAAUCGGAUAUCGAGACCGCUGAUAUGUCUUUCACAACACCAUCUGGUGUAGCGCAGGAUGACCCCUGGUAUAAUCUGUCUUUCGCGGAGGCUGGAAUUGAACAAUUCGUAGGCUUCGAGCCCUUACAUCUCUUUCAGGAAGGAUGCGGAUUUUUUAGCUGAGCGACGAUCCACUCAUCUGUAUGUAUAACGUGCACAUAACCGAGGAGGCGGGGCAGUCGGGCUCGGAGGAAUCGGACUCGGACUCGGACUCGGAGCGUUGGACGUUACUAU